GUCACAGACCUGGGCAUAACAAAUGGCCGUCCAGCAUUCGGUGGCAUGAGCACGCUAGCACAACGUGGCGCGAGGUGCCUUUGCCAGAGAAGCUGCUGUGAGAGCUUAAUCGGUGGUGACAGUAAGCGUCUUCGCUACUCGUACAUUGUCACCUAAAGCUACACGUCAAGAGAAGUGUUGUCUCAUCCUUGGUAGUUGCAUACCUUGGUCACAAUGGUUGAAGGAGGAGACCAAAGUGCUCGUAACGCAGAGCAUGAAGACUCUACCACCUACCAGGAUGUUGGAUUGGCCUCUCACCCAGAACCCGCAGUUAUUGCAGGGGCUCAGCCGUCAGGGGGCGCUGGUGUGGACAAAGAUCCGGGAGGAAUCCUCGAUACCCUUAGUCUGCCAAGAAAGCUGCCAUCCAUAGUAGACAUCAAAGCAGCGCUUCCACCCCAUGUUUUCGAGCGCAACGCCAUGAUCUUGUACUACGCUUUCAAGGAUUUUGCACAGGUGAUUCUCCUCUUCCUGCUGGCUGAGUGGGUAUGGUCAUCAUCACUGCUUCCAACAUGGGGACUGCUAGUACUGCUGCCUGGGUACUGGCUUCUGCAGGGCACCUUUUUCACCUCCAUUUUUGUUGCUGGUCAUGAUGCUGGCCACUCCUCCUUCUCUCGGCAUGAUCUUCUGAAUGAUGUUGUAGGCAACAUCCUGCACACCUUUCUCCUCUGCCCCUACUACUGCUGGAAACUGUCACAUCGCCAUCAUCACAAGAAUACGGGUAACAUUGACAAAGAUGAAGUCUUUUAUCCAGUCCGCAAUAGAGACAAUAAUGGGGGCUCUCUUUUGCCUUAUUUUGGCUUGGGUGUUGGAUGGUUUGGCUACCUUCUCAAGGGUUACAAACCUCGUGCUGUUAGCCACAUCACUUUCGAUCCAAUUUUCGCUCGCCACAUCCCAGCCUGCAUUCUGUCUCUAACCUUGAUAAUAGGUUGGGUAGCUGUUCUUUGGCAGUAUGCCCUAUCUGCCGGGUUUUGGAAGCUGUUUGUACACUAUAUUGUGCCAGACUUUAUAUUUGCCUCAUACACUGUUAUCAUCACAUUCCUGCAUCACACAGAGGAUGAUAUACCAUGGUACGAUGACUCCCUGUGGGAAUAUGUUCGUGGCCAGCUCAGCUCCGUGGACCGCCACUAUGGCUGGUGCCAUAAUAUCAUCCACAACAUUGGUACUCACCAAAUCCACCAUCUGUUCUCCAUGGUUCCCCACUACCACCUGGAGGAGGCGACACGUGUCUUUCGAAAGAAGUUUCCAGAGCUGGUUCAAGUGCGCUCAGAGAGAAUUCUGCCAGCCUUUGUCCGUAUGUUUAGAAAAUAUCUUAAGCAGCAUACUAUACCAGACUCUACCCUGGUACACUUAUAUAAAUGAUCCCUUGAUUUAGGAACUUCAUGUAUUUCCUUCUACCUAUUUUUGCAGUUGUCAUUCUUCGUCUAGAACAAGAAUAUUGCAAACUGUAUUACUAUUAAAAUAUACUUAUUUGAAUUUGGUAGAGUGUUCUCUUCCUCUUUUUCCUCCACUUCUUACCUAUCAAUCUGUGAAAAUAUUAUGUGAGCAGCAUUGUGUGCCACAUAAAUUGCCCUUUUCAUGUUCUCAACAUUUGUCGGAUUAGAAUUGAUGCACUUAUCUAUCUUGUUCUCAGACAACUAGAUUCAAGAAGACACAAUUCAAUAAAAUGUUGUCCAUUUGCUUUAUUUUUGGAAGUUCUCUUUUUUUUUAAGAAAAGCUUUUUAGAGGAACAUUAAAAAACAUUUUUAUUGUUUAUUGGCUGGUACUUUGACAGAAAUUCUUAAAAUUUAGAAUGAACGUGUAGGGUGUAGAAGGCAGUACUAAGUUUGUAACAGUUCUUUUCUGAUUUGAUGACAUGAUUUAAAAUGAAAAGAAAAGAUUUUUGCUAGAAAUACAAAAAUAGAAGUGUUAACGAAGAGAUCUGUACAAAUUUAGUACUUGAUGUGUGAUUAUUGUGAAUAUUUGUUGCAGUUUUUCUGUCUUUGUUGUCACAGUGAUUGGUAGUUGCCUAAGCCCUUGGUUCAUUGAGAAUAUUGACAGGCAUUUCUGUCAGAAAUGUGAGAACUCAUUCUGGACAUGUUUGUGCCUUCUAUGCAUCCCAUAGUCUGGGAGUACCUGAGAAACAGCCAUGGUGUGUGGUACCUAAACCUGCAUCACUUUCAUUUCUGUGGUCUUUGGGCAUACUGAAUCCCAUUCAAAAGAAAAAUGUUCCCCCUUUUUUUUUUUUUUUUGAAAUUAUGGAAGUGAAUAUUUGGUGUUCCUGUGUAUAUGUGCACACAUGAAUGUAAACACACCUAUAUGUACAUUAUGUAGGUGAUUUUUGUGGGGUGGUUUUUUGUUGUUUUUUUUUUUGUUUGUUUGCUUAGGUUUUUUUCCGUGGCUUUUUUUAAAAAAUAAACAAUCUCCAGUUAUCAACUGAAGAUGAACGUGCACUGCAGAUGGAACAGAAUUUAGUCUAGCUUGGAGAUCUUGUACUAUUUGCUGCCUCCUUUUUUCAGUUUCUCAAACAAGAAACUUUUUUUUUUGCUGCUGUGAGGUAAACAUUCUUGUAUUUCCACAAAGUACUGUACUAAUACUACUACUUAUGCUUAUUGUUUGUGCUUUUUUAUGUCUUUUUUUUUAAUACAUUAAAGUUUAACUUAGUCUGCCUGUCAUGAUCUCUGGCAAAGUAUUUAACUGUAGCCAUAAUCAGUCCAAACAGUGUAACUGUACACAUGUGAAGUGCUUGAUGCAAGAUUCCUGAAAGAAAAAAAGGCAGUUAUUUUUAAUGCCAAAUGUGCUUGUAGCUACUAACUGUUGUAUUAACUAGUCAGGUAGUCUCAAAAUCAAAAGGUUAAUUCUAGUGAAUGCAGAAGUUGCAUUUGUUUAUUGGAAUAAUUUGUCUUGUUUAAAACAUAUUUAUAAUGAGAAUAUGUCUGCAUAAGUGAUGGUGUUAAGCACUUUGAUUCCUAGAAUACUCUUUGCAUUCCAUACUUUAGAGAUCCAGGUAGGUUAAUAUACUUGCCAUCAGUACCAAAAGUUUUUGUCAGUCAGAUGUGCGUUGAGUGUUGCUGCUAAUCACAAAUGUUUAAACCAGCUUGCAAAUGAGAAGAAGAAGUAAAAGUCAGAAAGGUAAAUUAUUUCAUGGAUGGUGGAUUUUAUUCCUUUUUUGCACUUGUAGAUGGUGUUCAUCAUUUUCAUGAUUAUUGCUGGUGGCAUCAGAGCUGAUCAGUGCAUAAGGCAUGUUGAUGGUUCAACCAGUACAAGCAGAUAUGAAGAUGAAUGAGUAUUACAUGCAUUGUGUACAUGAGUAGACACGGAGGAAGUAUUGUGUAUGUUUAUUGUGGGUUUUAUCACCCAUACCAAAAUGAGACCUUGCAUUGUAAGCAAAGAGAAAGAGUACAUGUUUAUGAACUGGGCAAAUGAGCGUAUGUUACAAAGAUGACAUAUCUAUACCAAGUUGAAACUGAGUUUUGUAAUUAACCAAAGGAGGCUGUGUAACUGUGCUACAACAGUUUCUGGCACGCUGUACACUGCUGACCCAAGUGUUCAAAUUCAUGCCAUCAGUGUUUUGUUUCCAUGACAUUUUAAGCGCUACCUUGGGCUGCUUGCCAUCAAAUCGCCGCACUUCUGUGCUCAGCUCGUAUCAGACCAAAUCGUUUUUAGACAUGUUUUGUCAUUUAGAUGUUGUGAAAGAUGUCCAAUUUGUUUCGCUAGCAAGUUUAUUUUUAGUUUUAAAAAAUUCUUUUCCCCCUUAUGUCAAGCAAACUAUUUUUUUUUCCCAGAGUAGCUUUUGAGGUCAUAGGGACUACUCUGUCAGUGGCGGCAGGAGUGGUAGACUUUGCUGUUGAUGCAGCUAAUCAUUAUUUUGGUUGUUGCUGACAGCUUUGUGUUCACAGCCGAAGUUUCUUUUUUAAAGUUAGACGACAUCAGAUUACAUUGGUUUUUUUUUUUUUAAGUUUUGCGAAAGCAGGAUGGGCGUAUCGCGCUGAUGGAUCGAGACAAAGGUCGACGGAAGCAGCCAUUCGGCUUUGUCCAUUUUUAGACAAAUUUAGGCUAAACCCAUCUGGCCACGGCCUGAUCAAUGAUGUUAAUAGCUCCCUCACUUCUUUGAAGCAGUUAAGCAGAGGUUGUCAUUUCACUUACCACUGGUCACGAAAGUAAUUGCAGGUUUUCUCAAGCUCCUUUGUGAUACGCCCUCAUGGGUCUGCCAGUACAGAUUCUGCCCAUCUUUUAUUUUCCUGCCCCCGAUUUUUUAGUCGACCUAUUGUCUAGCAUUUCGUUAAACAAAGUAUUUACUGAUACUACUAAUGAUUUCACUUUCAUAGCGCAUUACUCGCCAGUGAACAACUAUAGAAAGACUAUUUACAACACAAAAUGUUAUAAAUAGCAAACCUGAAGAAGUCUCGCGUUGUGAGUGGCGAAGCAAGUCCAGCUGAGCUUGGUCAUCACUGCGUGUAGUCUGUUAUUUGUGAUGUACUUUCAACCAUAUCGAAAAAGAUGCACGAAUUUUACAAACGGCAUUAUUAUAUUUUUUUUUCAAUGUAUGAAUCGGGAAAAUGUCCAAGUCGUGAACUAUGUGCAAGAAAAGUACAGUGUCAUUGACUCAAAACCCUAAGUUAUGAAGCGGCCGUCAUCGCCAUUUGUCUUCUCUCGAAAGUCAACCCUAAGGGCAUUCAUAUAUGAAAGCCUCGUACCUUAUGGAUUUUCGUCACUGACGUACUUUUUUUAAUUUAUUAUUUUCAUUCAAAAUAUAUUUGACCCCAGAUUUCAGCACGUUCGCAGGUGACGAAGUGGGUCAAAGGUUUGACGGAUCCUGGCAAGGUUGUUUUUUGCCCUCGCCCCUCCCUCGUAACCUAAACUCAUGUUCUUUUGUAAUCGGUGGCAAAAUACUGUGCCAGGUAAUGUUAAUACGUGCAUGUUGCGUACUCAGUCGUAAAAUAUAUUGAAGAUGUUUUGAGUACAUGGAUGCUUUGUUUGGGAGAGGCCAUACUCAUUUCCCGAUCUUUGAUCAUACAGUUUUUGAGUGCGUAGACUGGCCAGGAUUGCAUUUUAAAACCAUUUAUGGUUGUGGAGGGGUUUUGGUUUUUGAAGUCGCAAAUUUUGAUGUUGACAUGUCAGUGCACAAUCAAAAAAAGAGACAAAUGUCCUGUGUGUUUUGCUGUCGACUUUUAUGGAUUUCUGUAGUCGGUUUGGCGAUGCAGUAGUGUUUGAUGUGUGUUUGUUGGUUUCUUUUUAGUUUCUUGCUUCAUUCGGGAGAAUCUUUGUUUAUACUUGUUUGGGAAGACUUCGUAAAAGGUGUUAUUUAAAGAGAAAGAGUACAUUAACUUGUCCUGUUUUGUCGAGUCAAAUCACUGAUAUCUGAUCGUUGCGAUCAGGUGGAUCUACAAGAUCCGUGGGAGUCGCAGUUUCUGCUCGACCCACUACAGACGCUCGGCCAUCAGUCGAGUUUUUUUUUUUUUCUUGUAUUUAUCAAAUUUAUUUUUAUUUUUCGUGCAUGGUAUUCACAUUUUUUCCUAGUCGUGGUGCGUGUGGUAUUGAGGCGGAGGUGCUGCAAGAGAGGUAACAGGACAUUACAUCCAGCAGUAUACCAACUUAUUUUCCUCUCUCUGCUUGAUUGUGCCCUCCCCUCCUUUCCCUUGAGAACCUAUUCGUGGAUUGGCUGAUUUGUGACGGAAGUCUCUUGCUGGAACGAAUUGCCGACUUUUAAGCAGCAGAAGAGACAAGCGAACCACGAAACCAAGGUUUAGCCGACUUCAGUAUUAAAAACAACCAAGACGGUAACUUCUUGUAAUACUGCAAGCGUGGUCAGGUUCAUUGUGUAACAAUGUGUCAUCCCUGGAGCGGCAGUUAUGAAGCGAACGUGAGGUCGUUGUCCUGGGGCAAAUAUAAAGCGAUGUCCAGACCCGGAGUUGUUGGAAGUCGGUGGCACCUCGCCCUGGAUAAAGAAACACGGAGCAGUGCCUGGCGUCUAGACAAAAUAAACGCUUUCCCUCCUUGUUCCCCAUUUUGCCCUGGGGAAAGGACUAACUAUUGCUUCAUAGCUACGGCCCUUGAAUACUCGUAGCACAAAUUUUUGUUUCCAGCUUAGAUAUAGAGAGUUGGCUAGUGACAAUCAAGGCUGAACAACACUUAAUACUCACUAAAUGCUUUCAUCGAAAGAAAUGCUCAUGUUCUGUCGUCUUUCCAUCUCCCAUACCUACCUCCAUAACGCGCCACAGGGAAGCUCCUGGCUGCACUCGGUCGAACAAGAUAAACUGGGCUGAUGUUCACGUGUCUAGCAUUUCAGGCCGGUCAAGCCUAUGAUCUGCUGCGUCUGCUCAUUGUCAUGAUAUUCUUUGUGAGCACAGGUUAUCUUCCCAGGGCAGAAAUGAGCAAGGUUGGACGACUUGUAAGUGGAUAACAGGCUCGGCAUGAUUGUAGACCCUUUACUUGCCUAGUCAAGAAUCUUAUGUCAAAGAAAUGAAACGGGUUUUGACUGGAGAACAAAUUUGCUGGUCUUUGUAGGGACUGCUUUUGGUCUCAGUGUUUGACUUGGGUAACUUGCUGGUUGUUGGUUUGGAUUUGAGUUUAGCGAUGGGUAAGACGCCAGCCCUCGCACAAUUCUCACUUCUUAUCCUUGAUCCCCCCUCCCCAUUUUAAUUUUAGCAUUUUCAUCAGUAUAUUUAAUUUUUGCUUUGUGGGUUUUGUCAGUGCCUUGUGGAGUCGGGCCUUCAUCGGUCGAAGCUUUGGCUUUUUUUUUUAAUCCAGAAUCUUUUAAAAUGUUCUAUAUUCUCUAGAACUUUCGGGUGAUGGAUUACAGUUGCAAGGCACUUAUAGCGUAAAAUGAAGGCAUGGCGGUAACUGGAGGAUUUGGUGGUUCUUUUCUGUUUUGGGCUUUAAGUCAUGGUAAUCCCUGUGACCACCUUGAGUAAUGUCAAGGGUUGUGAGGGACUGAAAGUAAGACCUUGCAUUUCCCCGAAGUAAUCUUCUUGGUAAACAUUUCCUUUCAUCUCAUUUUUUUAAUUUUAAUUUUAAUUGCAGUUUGUAAACAGUUACACACACAAAAAUUUCAAAUGCAUUUAUUGUGAAAACAAAUGUGAACAUUAAGAUAUUAAAUAUAACUUGACCCAUGCUGUGUAUUUGUUGUCUUCCUUCAGAUUUACCCUUAGACAUUCCGGCCUUUGAGUUUUGGCGUUUGAAAGUACAAUUUUCAGACUGGUUUUAAUUAGUGUAAGCGUUCAUUUGGUUUUCUUGAUGCCUUAAAACACAAUAAAGAUUGCUCUGAACUUA